AAUAAAGCAACCAGGCUUCUGUGGAUUCUGUGAUAUGAGCUCAGGAACCUUUAAAGGGGAACAUGUGAGCAGGGAAUGGAAAUCGGAGAGAGAGAUAUAUCAGUAGAGAGAGACGCAGGAGGGGCGCUAUACAGGGAAGUAACCAGGACUACCUUGGGCGGCUUUCAGUAACACGCCGAUUCCUGAAGACGUUCGCACAGGAGCGAUAUAGGAGGAAACCUUACCAAAGAUGAACACGAUAGUUUUCAGCAAAUUAAGCAACCAAGUCCUUAUCGAAGAAAAUGCGAAAGAGGUGGAAAGGAGCAGUAUAAACUAUUUAGAAGUGCUUGAUCGGCAGCAUCCAGAUAUUCUGUCAAGCAACCAGCCAAUCAAAGAGAGCUCUCCAAUCAGGCAUAGGAAGCCCGGGUCUCGGCAGAGCGGUGGUAAGGUUCGGCACAAGCGGCAGGCUCUCCAGGACAUGGCCAGGCCUCUGAAGCAGUGGCUGUACAAGCACAGGGACAACCCCUACCCCACCAAAACCGAGAAGAUCCUGCUGGCCCUCGGCUCACAGAUGACCCUGGUUCAGGUGUCCAACUGGUUCGCCAACGCCAGGCGGAGACUGAAGAACACGGUGCGUCAGCCGGACCUGAGCUGGGCCCUGAGGAUCAAGCUCUACAACAAGUACGUCCAGGGGAACGCGGAGAGGCUCAGUGUCAGCAGCGACGACUCCUGCUCAGAAGAGGUGGAGAACCCCCUGCGCCCCGAGGCGGGACCCGCCGAAUUCAGCAAGCCCAUGUACCAGAGCGUGAUCCGAAAGGAGGGCGUGGUCAUCGGGGCGGGGCUGCGGGCCGACGCCUCCCUGGGCGAGGACUACGCCUGUUCCCCGCCGCCCAAGUACAAGAGCAGCCUGCUGCACCGGUACCUCAACGACUCGCUGCGCCACGUCAUGGCGGCCAACGGCGUCACGGACUCGCGCAAGCGCAACCACUCCGGGUCCUUCAGCUCCAACGAGUACGACGAGGAGCUCCUCUCGCCCUCGUCCUCGGAGACCGAGGCCAACUUCGUCUACCGCGCCGAGACUGUGGACCACGGAUCAAGAAAAUGUGACAUCUCGCAGAAGGAAAAGGGGCGGGGCAAGGACGAGACGUACUGGAAGGAGAUCAACGCGGCCAUGGCCUUGACCAACCUCGCCCAGGGAAAGGACGGCGAGUCGGGGACCACCAGCUGCAUCAUCCAGAAGUCCUCCCAUAUAUCAGAAAUAAAGACCGUCAAAGUGCCCCUGGCGCAGAAGUAUUAGCUCGUAUCUCUGCGACAGUCACAACAUUCCUUUUGGAGGCUUUUAGCAUCUUAACAUUUUUUUUUUUUUUUCUGGAUUGUUUGGCAAAACAUUUCUUUUUCUCAAGCUCUCUCUCUCUUUUUUUUACCCACGCAUUGAGAAACUAUCGGUUUUUGUAAUAACUAUUAAUGUUAUAAUUGCAUUAUGCUGAAUGAAGACACUUUUUUUAUAAUGUUAACUUAUUUGAUAAAUCAGACAUUUUUUUCUAAUCUGAAAAUUGUAUUUUUCUUUACCGACGUGCCUUUUCACCUGAGAAGUACAGUCCAUGACUGAGACAUAACUGUUGUUUGAAGUUAUAUUUCUAAAAAAAAAUGAUUUCAGUAUUACUUUUUUCAAUUUUCUGACACUAUUUUUGAAAGACUCUUGAAGCGACAAUUCCUAAUGCAAAGACCCAAGAAAUUCACCGAAGCCUCAAACGUCACCCCGGUUCAUGUGAGGCGUGUGGCUGUUUUCUUAUUUUCACUGAAUAUCCAACAUUAUCUCCAACAUCAAUUCAUCUUUGAAGUGAAAUAUUUUUAAAAAAUUGUCUCAGACACAAGAAAAAGAACAACACUGCCGUAAAUUUGUGGUUGAAAGGAAAGACCUCUUUCAGAACAGGUGAGGACCUCUGAACCACUGUAAUUUUGCCCGCUGGAGUGUUACUCAUUUUCGAAUGAGGUAUUGCCCAAGCUUGUUAUUCGGCACAUGGGUUUGUGCCUUAUUAUUCCUCCUUAUUAUAUGGGUUUUUUUUUUUUUUGUAAAAGCAUGUCCUUUUUGGCGAAACGUUUAAAGACGAGGCAAAACCGCGUUGCUGGAGGACCGAAUGGCGGUUACCUCUAAACAAAGUCAUGUGAAUGGUUUCCUGCACGGUUAUUAUUCCCGAGGGUCAUCAUUCAUUUACAGCCCUGUUGUUUUCUUCAACGGUUUUUUUCAUUCUGUGUUUUCAUUGGCCACGAGGUGCGGAAAAGAGCUGCUCGAGUGCCACCUCUUUCACCGCCCUGGACGAAACGCUGUUACACGCACCCAUCACAACUUGCUUGGAGGUAGAUUUGGACUGCAUGGGAAAAAAAGUGGUGGUGAUUGUAGUAUGCAUCCAGGUUUUUGGAUAGAGAAGAAAGUGGCCAGAUUGUAUGUGGGUUCAUAGGAUUAUGAGCUUUGGAGGGGGGGGACUUUGACAUUUGUGAGUGGAACUUUGGCAUUUGUGGGACUUUGGCAUUUGGGAGUGGGUAUCUUUGCAUUUGUGAAUGAGUACUUUGGCAUUUGUGAGUGAGACUUCUUUGUAUUUGGGAGUGGGUAUCUGGCAUUUGUGAGUGGGUACUUUGGCAUUUGUGGGACUUUGGAAUUUGUGAGUGGGUAUCUUUGCAUUUGUGAGUGGGUAUCUGGCAUUUGUGAAUGGGUAUCUUUGCAUUUGUGAGAGGGUAUUUAUUUACAUUUGUGAGUGGGUCAUCUUUGCAUUUGGGAGCACAAUAUUUUGUCCUGUUCCAUAUGAAAAUGCAAUGUUCCCCCUUUUAGCAGUCCAUUGCAGUCACAGAACACACUAGAGCUAUAAGUAUUGAUGUGGCAGUAUACCACCCAACAGCGCUACUAAAUGGCUGUAGCCAGCAGAAUACCAUCCCAAACCUAAGUCUUGUAUUUGGCUGAGGAAUGCUGGUCCGUUGCCUUUUCCCUGGAAGGGCCCACUGCCACCGAUAAAGACUGCUGUAAUAAAGUGCGGCUGGCAAGUUUAUGCAGUAAUUUGAACGGCAAAUUUCGGCAAGUGUUGACGUUUUGUCUUGUAAACAGCAUUUUUCAUGAAAUCCAGAUAACACCCAAUUCAUGCUUUGUAGGCAAAGAUAAAGUAAAAUUCACUAUUACAAAUAUCAGGAACAAUACAGUGUAGAAUGAAUGAAUACUGGCCACAUAUUUAACGGAGGUGAAGAGAAAUGUUUUUUUGUUUCUUUUUUAAAGAAAAUAUUGAGAUUUUUCCAUUUAUUUGACUGAUCAAUAGCCCUUUGAGAAUAAUAUUAAGGGUGAAGAAUUAGCUUUUUUAUUGUUAUGUUUUGCAAACUGUAAAUAUGUGUUUAGUGUUUUGGGGUCUUGUUUUGCUCUUGCAAUUUGCGUUUUUCUGCCGUUUUCGCAAUCGGCGUUCGCCAUUUGCUCAAAUAAAUCCACACAGACUGUCCUGAGUCCCCGUUGAAUUUCUGCGCUCUGGCGACUGUUGGUUCUUUUUCCAGCGCACUGAAAUGUGAAACGGGCAGCUAGUAAAUAUGCACCUGUGCGGGAAGAGUCGCCUGAAAUGACUCCUCGCGGUGAACCCCGGCCAGCACAUGCCCGUGGGUCCCCUGAUAUGACGGGGGGGUCCUGUUUUGUCUGAGCUCACCACAGUGACGUUAAAUCGUACACUGUUGUGUCUUGGCCUGCGGGAUAUCGACAUUCAUAAAUAUGAGAAAUAACUGGAAACACAGAGAUAGGUUAGCACAGCAGUGCUGUAUUCAUGCAUGCAGGCACACACACACACAUGCACGCACACACACACUAGAUUAAAUGAAUAACUAAAAUUGAUUGGCAGCUUUAUUAUACUUGUUAAUACUUUCAGCCCUGCCUCUCCGUCUUAGACAUUGUUUCCAGAAUUGAAAUUUCUGUUUCUGUUUCUUCUGAAAAAGUUUUUUUUUUAUUUUUUUUUUUAAGCUAUAAAGGCUCUGGUAAUUAGCUCUGAUACUUAAAAACGUCACAUCGACUGGAUAAGACAAAGAGGACAGAAAGUUUUUUGAUUGUUUUUUUUAUAAAGAGCGACAGUUUAUGCUAACGAAUGCGGCUACUGCAGUGUGGCUUCUGUUCAGAGCAAGGUGUUCACCGCACAGGAUAAAGGGACACGUCCUAAUCUGUUUGACAUACUGAAGUUCAGCUGUCUGGAGUUUUUCUGUUGGUGUCUACAACAGGCCAGAGAGACGUUUACACAUUUGAUUUGAUUUGUCAUACGUACCAGUAUUACCUGUCAGCCAGCACGUUUUCAAGGCUUUUUGUGUAUGUCAGUGUGUCAUCAUUAUGUCAAGUGUUUUGCCAUGUCACAUUAAUCACUGUUCUUUGUGGUUGUUUUUUUUUUACUCAAGAACCUGUCCAUGCUAUUAAAAGGUUGUGUAAAUAUUGCAUCACUACAGUUCUAAUAAAUGGCAAGAGAAAAUCAAAUAUGACUGUAUGAACAAGUUGGAUCACUAGUUUUUUUUUUUUUCUCUUUUAAUCUCUCAAUGAUACAAUUUGUUUGUCAGAAGUUACCACUUCUGUUCCGUCCUUGACAGACAAGGUACACAAUGCUUGAAUUGUGAAGUGGCUCAUGUACAUAUUUUAAAAUUUAAGAUUCUGCACACUUUUAUAUUUAGUCUCAUGUUUGCCUUAAUGGGAAUAUGUGGAUAUGUAUUAAAAGCACUCACAACGCUCCAUUUUAGAACAUUGAA